GAAAAAGCGAUGUAAAUAUGUUGCCAAACUUCAUCAGUGGAUCAGCAAGAAAACACAUUUUCUAUCAGGGCCAAAUCCUGACGCGCCUGAUUUCUUCUAUGGAUGUGGAACCAUCACACGCAAGCCACGGCCGACAUCGCCUUCUGCUGGCCGAAAGAUGGCAGUCAUGCACUUUAAACAUUUGGGGAUGAAGAAGAAGACUGCCUGAUGUUGUUGUUGUUGUUGGGUUUUGUGGUGGAAUACAAGCUUCAGAAGCAUGGCUUCCUCCCAAACAUUUGACGCAAGCGGACACGAAGGAAGCAAGAAGGCAGCGUGUCCUUUUCACGGCUGUAAACGCCUGUACUCGGAUGCGAGCGCCUUGGAGAGUCAUGUCAGGGAUCACGCCAUCCCAGCUCAGUCUCUUCCCGGAAAAGUCUUCCAGUGCUCCAGUGUUGGCUGCAGCUGUUCCUUCCCAAACAUGCAGAAAUUAAUGGAACAUAUGAGACGGCACCAUAAACCCAAUGUAUACUUUUUGUGUGAAAAUUGCCGAACAAAGUUGCGAUCGUACCGUGGCCUUCUGACUCACCUUCACACUUGUUCCAAAGUUGCACGGGGGAAAGCAAAGUCCACAGAACAAGCCCUUCUUCAACCAAGUGCUGUGACAAACCCAAACACAACUCCCCUGGCUGCUAAUCUUAAUCCCGCUCAGAUGGAUGUCACGACCUCGUCACAGCAACUCACCUCCAAGUUUGACAAGACCUCUGGGUUAUGCGGUCUGGGAGGAGAAGCAAGAUGAAGCUCUUAUCCCAUGGAAGCAAGCCAAGGUGUCGAUGUUAAACUGUAAUUCCUCUUUGUGUCUUUCUUUAUAACUUUGAAUAAAUCCCCACGUACCGAGCAACUAUUUUCACAAUGUGGGAACUGGACUUUACGCUGAUCUGAUGGGCUUGAUCAGUAUCGACUGAAAAUCAUCAUUGCUGAUCGGCUUUGUCAUAAUUCCUCGAGCCGUGAUUGGUUGGCUCAGUAAGACAUUUAUUCCGUCAUAUGCAGUGUAUUUCAAUCCGAAAGCUAGUUUAUUUUUAGCCCUGUGUUUAUUGACGUAGUGCUGUAAAAUAUUUGACCGCCAAUAAAGGUAUUUAAAUAAAAAGUACUACAAGCA